AUGAAGCUCGUGUCUCCAACAGUCACAUCCUCACGUAAACGUAAUCAAGAACAAGAGAAAGAAGAGACGAUUCCGAAACAAUCAACACUGUCGUGUCUUGACGUCGUGCCCGUCGUCAAGCGGCGGCGGUCUUCGGCCACGUCAAUUGAAGAACAAGAUCUGACGAUUCAAGAGCAACAACAGCAAUUUACAGUUGAAGAGCAUCAACAUGUUCUUGAUGGUGCACCUCAGACGGAGCUGUUUCUUGUCACGAUAAAGAUGAGAGACGAAUUAAACGAGAGCGAAGACGUUACGACAGAGACGCAAGUGCUGGACAAGUUGCUGUUACAACGUGAACAGCACAAGCAGACGGUGGAAGAUGUUGAUGUUGCCUGGGGUCAUGAAUUUGCAGCUCUGGAUUCGUUACGACGGUUUGCUAAAUACCAUCAGGAUCAGGCGAGGCGCCAGUUGGAGAACAAUGUCUUGCACAAACUGGUACUGCCAGCGGCGUCGAAUUUGCGCUCGGCGAUGGCUAGAAACGCGCUGCUAUGUGUGCAAGAACUUAUUCUUGAACUUAAAUUGGAGACAGCUGCGCAUUUUGACGUCAUUAUUCCUGUGCUCCUGAAUCGCGCGUGCUGUGAGAAGCAGUUCUUGAAGGACUUGGCGAGACAAGUGCUGGACACGGCGCUAGAAGCAGGCGUCGAUGAGGAAUUUCUCAAUCCGCUGUUGGCAACUAGCACAACUGAGAAGAAUGCGCAGAUUGUUAGCGUGGCUGGGUUAUAUGUGACCAAGUGCAUAACCCGGAUGGACCACGAUCUCUUGCGCACGUUUGUGCUUGAGAAACGUAUCUCGUUGUUUGACGAAAUGGUGCUGUUUUUUAACUGUAAGGUCGUAGAAUGCAAGACUGCUACUCGCCGAAGCUGCCAGCACCUACGCCGAGUCAUUGGGAAUGAGGAAUUUAUAUCACUGGUCAAGGAAAAACUGAGUGGUACAGCGCUAUUGGACAUCUUGAAAGCUUCGGAAAUGCGGACGGCAGUAAAACAUGGGCAAGCAAAGCCGAGCAUUCGCGAACGUAUGCUUCAGCUCAAGAAGCAGCAGCAACAGAAGAAGGUUCAAAGCGGAGGAAAUGAUAUUUCGGUCGUUGUUGUUGCACCCGUGCCUCCUCGAUCACGGUCUUCAUCAGCGCAAUUGCGGCCAUCGUUAUGA